AAUAUAACAAAAAUGACCAAGCCGAGAAUACUCCGCUCAAACAUACCGGUGGUAGACGUGUCUGAGCGAAGUGUUGGCGAAUAUAUUUGGAAUAAACUGAGCCAGCUUGAAGAAAAGUCAAUAUGUUUGAUUAACGCCGAGUCGAACGAGCAGUUGACUAUCGGUGCUCUGAAGCACAGGUGCCAAGCGGUGGCCACAGCACUACUAGCGCACGGUAUAGCCCGUACGGAUCGACUCGCUUUCUACGGCCAAAACACAAUACCACACGUUGUGCUGCGAUUGGCCACCAAAUUGCUGGGCCUACCGGUGUGUCCGCUCAGUCCCACGUUUGAAGCCUAUGAAGUGGACCAGGAGUGUCAGUCCAUCGGUGUAACCGUGGCCGUUUGCUCAGCAAGCCACUUGCAUAAAUUCAGCCGGCUACUUCAAUCCGAUUACAAACAUAACAUUAGGCUAGUGGUGGUGUUCGACGGCCAUCACGACUGUCACAUGACAUACGAUCAGCUACUUGUUGAGGGCGGCGAUCGGGCUCUGACUAAAGUGCCCCACUUUCCCGUUAACCCCGAUGUGGACCCCGUUAUACUCAUACACACGUCGGGCAGCACAGGGAGACCCAAGUGUGUGAUGCUUAAGCACAAAUCAAUUCUUGCAUUACUUAGUGAGCGUGGUCACUUUCUCGACCCGGGAACCGGUACUGAUCACGUGAUCGGCGCCCCGUACCCAAUGGGUCACAUUAGCGGCACAUCUAUUAUACCACUGCAACUAUGUCUGGGCGCUCGGGUAGUGAUUUACCCCGAUUUUGACGUUGAGUUGUUGUUUAGAUCCAUCGAGCGCUAUAAAAUCAAUUUUUUGCCAACAUUCCCCUCGUUUGGCCGCAAAUUGGUGGAGGGUGAUUUGUGCGAUAAAUAUGAUUUAUCGAGUUUACGCCUCGUUAACACCGGUGGCUCCCCAUUAGCUGCCAGUAUAUCGUUGGCUAUUAUUGAUAAAUACGGCGUUGUGUUUCGUGAAGGCUAUGGCAUGACUGAGUACCUAUUCAUAGUGCGGGGCACCGACGUUGAUCAACCAUUCAUACCGGGCAGUUGCGGUCCGGUAUCGCCGGGGACCGAGGUGAAAAUUGUAGACAUUACUACCGGUGCGAUGUUAGGGCCCGACACAGAUGGUGAAAUAUGUGUCCGGGGCAACAAAAUGUUUGCCGGGUAUCUAAACAACGAGAAAGCCUAUCGCGAGGCGUUUGACGGCGAGGGCUGGUAUAGGACGGGCGAUAUUGGCCGCUACGACGACCGGGAAAAUAUAUACAUUACGGACCGACUCAAAGAAGUGAUACGUAUAGGCAUUGGUAAUACAUAUAUAAAUAUAUCGCCCGUAGAGAUCGAGUCCUAUUUACUGACCCACCCGGCCGUCGAGGAGACAGCUGUGGUGGGCGUGAAUAACAAGGCCGGCACUCACUGGCCCCGGGCUUAUGUAAUGCUCAAACAUGGUUGUCAUGCGUCCGCUGUAGAGAUUGAAAAUUUUGUUUCUGAUACGUUGGCGCAAACAAAACAUUUAAAAGGCGGCGUGGUAUUUGUGGACUCAAUCAAGCGUAUUGGUAUGGGCAAGGUGGAUAGGAAAUAUUACCGGGCACUUGUUAGCGACGAAAUUAUUAAUUAAUUUGUUUUAUUUUAUUUUAACAAGUGUGGUAAUAUUUUAAUUUUUAAAACAAUCUUA